AGCCUGUUUCAUCAUUUCGAUGUGAUAAAACAAACUAAGCGUCCGCUUGCACGCAGAAGUAUAACUUUUUAUCAUCAUUCAAAAAUGUGGUAAUUUUGUUAAAAAUAGAUUUUUCUUAUCUGACGAACUGCAAAAGGAUAUAGUUUUAUUUACCAAUUAUGGCUGUACGAGCUCCAGAAAACGCUCGUGUAUUGUACGAAUCUCUAAGAAACAGCUCCGUAUCUUCUGAUUCCGGCAUUGUACUUCUUCAACCAUAUCAAGAACAUCUACUUCCAGACUAUCACGAUGCCGAAAAUGCAAGGCCCUAUCAUCCAAGCAUCUCUCCUUAUGUCAACUCAAGACCCUAUGUUGAUGCAAGAAAUGAAAAUAUUUUACCUGCUUCGAAUGUAACAGUAAAUUCAAACACCAAUGACAAACGAAUGUUUUCUUGGGUUCUAUCUAAGUUGGCAAGACAUCCUUGGACCGAGUCUACGGAAUUCACGGAAUUAUGGAGCGAUAUACCUAAUACCGCUGCCCGUCACAAAGAACAAAAGGCUUCGGAUGGGGGCAAAGCAUCAACUGAAAAUGUCGUAUCGAGUUCAAACUACGAUUCUUCAAGGAUAUCUUUGACUCUACGCAACUAUCCCUGGACAGCGUCUACGGAAUUUGUAGUACUAUGGACAGACAUACCUAGUGAAUUGGAUACCAUUCAAAAUCUAUCUGAUGAUGGAAAAUGGUCAAUGAAUCAAAACGGUAUGGAUUCUUCAUCAAAUAUACCGCUUGCUACACACGUAUCUGAUCGCAAGCAAGAUCCAGCUGCAACUUCUGGAAUUUUCAAUUUUGGGGCUAAAUCUGAAAAACUCACAAAAUUGAGUAGAAAUCCACCAAAUAACUCGAUAAGUAAUGGCAUUAACUCUAAAUUUUCGAAACAGAAGAAAGCUGAAUGUUGUGGACAAUUGUCUGAUUGUCGCUGCAAUAUUCAGAGAGCUGCUAUGAAUUGGAGAUAUCACAUAAUCCUGCUGACGAUGAAAAUUCUGUUAUCUCUUAUACCUAUUUCUGCCAUUUAUAUGGGCGCAGUCCAUAUCGGCACAUGUCCGGCGAAUGAGUUUGCAACGAACCUUGUUUAUAUAACUGGAAUAGCCGGGCUGUUUUUAACGGGCUGUCACGUGGCACACCACAUAGCGUGCAACUUCUUCAGGGACUGGAAGGAACCUCUGAGAUCAGCAGUGAGGAUAACGCAAAAUAUCACUGUGGUUUUAUUGAUACUUGAAAUGAUCAUCUUCUAUUCGAUGUCUCCCAGUUUUGAGAAUUCAGAAAAUUAUUGUGAUAAAAUAUUUUACAACUAUACAUUUUACAUGAACUUUGCAGCUGCUGGAAUUGUAUUUCUGUCAGUACUGCUACAGUAUACUUCAUGUAAACACCAAGUGGAAAAUGAAGCCUUUUAGACUUCAGAAAAAUGUUUUUAAGCAUGUCCAUGAUUUGAAUGUUUUUAUGUUUGAUAAUGUACGCUCUCAGUAAGUAUUAAAGUUGAUCACAAUAAUAAAGGGAAAGUGA